ACAGACAACAUAUGCGCUGCCGUCCAGAAUCUACACGAGUUUUUGGAACAUGUAUUUCAUCUUGAUUCUUCUCCUUUCUGUUUCUUAUGCCUCCGCCCCUGAUCCUCCUCCUCUGACCUAUGCCUGUCGAUCAGCAAAUGUUAAAGAAUGCCAUAAACUGCCCUUUGUACCAGGUCAUACUCUUCUGGGCGAGGGACUCGAUGUUGUGACAAUGAAGAAGAAAGGAUCCUAUCUGUUUAAUCUACAGAGAUUUAUCACGGGCGAGAAGACCUGCACUGUCUGUAGUAACCCCUACAUGGAGAAAGCCUGGCAGAAGCUUCCAUUGGGAGUGGUGGAUUGGAUGCCCAAGUCAAUGUGUUCCAAGAAGAUCAGCGGGGAGACCUCUCGAUCUACCAGUUCACUGGCCGAAGAGUCUGCAUCGAGUAUUGAGAAUAACUGGGAGGCGGGGCUAGAGAUCCAUCAUAAAGCGGGAGAUGCCAAGAUGGUGUUGGCCGGAUCUCAGUCCCAGCUGGCACAGUUUGGUCAGACUAAGAGCAGUGGAGACCGGUACACCUUCAUGAAGCAUCAGCUGAACUGCAUCUACUAUGGGCUCCGACUAUCACAGUCACAUAUGCCACCACUGAGCCGUCAUUUUUCCAAAAACUUAAAGUCCCUGCCGGCUACGUAUGACACAACAACCCAAGAGAAAUACAGACACCUCAUAACCACUUAUGGAACCCAUUAUAUCAGCCAAGCCAACGUGGGUGGUGAAGCUCAACAGGUGACUGCAGUGCGGACGUGCCACGCCACGGUGGAUGGGUUGUCCUUAGAUGAGCUGAAGGAUUGUCUGAGCAUGGAGGCUUCAGCUGCCAUCACCGGAAAAGUAGAAGUUAAUGCCAAAACCAGUGCCUGCAAGGAGCUAAGCAGUAAGUCCAACCACGGAGAAAGCUUCCACCAGACAUAUAAUGAAAGGAUCUGGAAGGUCUCUGGGGGGGCAAUUACUUACGAUCUCCUUUCAUUUGACACAAAAAAUAGCGACAGUGCUGCCACCUUCGAGAAAUGGAUGGACACCCUCAAGACAGACCCUGAUAUUGUGUCCUAUUCCCUGGAGCCUAUCCACAACCUUGUCAAAGAACCGAAACGAGAGAACCUUAAGAAGGCUCUAAGGGACUAUAUCAUGGAGAAAGCUCUCCGGCAGAACUGCUCCUGUCCAUCUGGUUCCGUGCUGAGUCCCGGUGCAGAGUGUUCUUGUGUCUGCCAAGGAAAUGACCACCUCAACUCGAACUGCUGUCCCUCUAAAAAAGGAUUCGCUAAAUUGGUGGUGACUAUAGAAAGGGCUGAAAAUCUUUGGGGUGACUACACAACUAAGACUGAUGCCUAUGUGAAAGUGAGUUACGGUAAAACCAAUUCUGGGACCUCAACUAUAUGGAACAACGAUAAUCCAACGUGGAACUUACGGUUGGACCUGGGGACCUUGGAGCUCAGCUCCGCCCCGUUACUGAAGGUUGAAGUUUGGGAUGAAGAUAACAAAUACGACGAUGAUCUUCUUGGAUCCUGCACAAAAAAUGUCAACAGUGGAGUAAAGGCCGAGGUCUGCUAUCUGGAUCAUGGAAGUGUGAGCUUUACGGUGAGUGCCGGGUGUAUCCCUCACCUUACAGGCCACCUCUGCAGGGAGUACGCGGCCUCCACCAACUAAGAAUCCAUGGAUCCAAUGGAAAGACAAACGUCAACUACUUUAAUUCACCUCCUGAUACUACCUGCAUAUCUCAACUUUGCCUUAAAGGGGUACUCCGCCCCUAGACGUCUUAUCCCCUAUCCUUUGGAUAGGGGAUAACAUGUCUGAUCAUGGGGUUCCUGCCUCUAGGACCCCUGCAAUC